AUGGGAAAUAAUACGAAGGUCAUUGGAGCUACAUUGAUUGCUUUACUUCUUGUGGAGUUGUGUGUUGCAAUAAGGGUUCCUAGAGGUGGUGGUGGUGGUGGAGGGUAUGGAAGUGGUGGAGGAGGGGGUGGAGGGGGUGGUUCAGGGGGAGGUAGAGGUGGUUCUGGUUAUGGGUUUGGAUCUGGAUAUGGAUCUGGUUACGGGUCUGGUGGAGGGUUAGGUAGCGGUGGAGGUGGUGGUGGAGGAAGAGGUGGAGGUGGCGGUGGUGGUGGAGGUCAUGGUGGUAGUGGUUAUGGCUCAGGUUAUGGUAGUGGUUAUGGCUCCGGCUAUGGAAGUGGUGGUGGAGGUAUGGGUGGUGGUGGUGGUGGUGGACACGGUGGAGGUGGUGGCGGUGGUGGAGGAGAAGGUGGAGGCUUUGGUGGUGGAUAUGGAUCCGGAUAUGGUUCUGGAUAUGGAUCUGGUCAUGGAGGUGAUUAUGAUGGCGGGUAUAAUUAA